GUCUUUCAAAACAGUUGUUUCUUUAGCCGGUGUAAGAAUAGUCAAUUUUACGUCUGCACCGACAAGUACGAACGACCUACCGCGAAAAACUAUCACUGACAACUAUAUCACAUUUUUGUUUAUAUUUUAUUUUCCAUUGAUUUCCUAGUUCAAGUUCAGCAGACAUGAGCAGUGGACUCGACGUUCUUAGCGGCUCUUUAAGAGUACGAAAUAAUCGUAUCGGAUCGGCUUGUAAAAAUUACAAUUGUAAAAUCAGUGAAGUAAAAGCAUGUCCUAGUGUAAUGUCCCCGGAAACCAAGAGGUUGCUGCCUCCUAACACAGAAACAGUUCAGACGAAGCCCUUCCCAAUCAGAGGAGAACGAGCCAAUUACGUCAACACUCCACAUGUGAUCGCCAUGGUGGGACUCCCGGCCCGGGGAAAAACCUACAUUUCCAAGAAGUUAUCCAGAUACCUGAAUUGGAUAGGCAUCAACACGAGAGUAUUCAAUCUAGGCGAGUACCGAAGGCACGCCACAACUGCCUAUCAAAACCACGACUUCUUUAGACCAGAUAACCAGGAGGCGAUGGCCAUAAGACAGCAGUGUGCGCUGGAAGCCCUGGCUGACGUAGGACAGUGGUUGGAAGAAGGUGGGGAAGUUGCUGUUUUUGAUGCUACCAACUCGACGCUAGAUCGUAGGAAGUUGAUACACGAUGAGGUCGUUAAUAAGAUGGGUUUCAAGCUGUUUUUUGUCGAAUCAAUUUGUGAUGAUCCGAAUAUAAUAGAACAGAACAUAAUGGAAGUAAAGGUUAGCAGUCCCGAUUAUGCAAAUAUAAAUAAAGAUGCCGUUCUAACCGAUUUCCUGCAAAGAAUACAGCACUACCAAGAGAAAUAUGAUCCCUUAGAUGAGGUUGCUGAAAAGGACAUAUCGUUCAUGAAAAUAUAUAACACCGGUGAAAAGGUUGUGGUGCAUAAACACGAAGGGCAUGUGCAAGCUAGGAUUGUAUAUUAUUUAAUGAAUAUACAUAUUACACCUAGGACUAUUUAUUUAACUAGGCAUGGUGAAAGUGAACAGAAUUUAGAAGGUAGAAUAGGCGGAGAUUCGAAUUUAAGCCCCAGAGGUAGGCAGUACGCGCACGCAUUGGCGCAAUUCAUUCGAGAUCAAAAGUUGGACGGUUUAAGAAUCUGGACCUCAUGGUUGAAAAGAACCAUACAAACGGUGUCCGGCCUUCACGUUCCACAAGAAAGAUGGAAGGCUCUCAACGAGAUAGAUGCGGGUGUUUGUGAAGAGAUGACGUACGAAGAAAUCAAAGAAAAAUAUCCGGAAGAAUUCGCAGCUAGAGACAUGAAUAAAUUUGCGUACAGAUAUCCCAGGGGCGAAAGUUACGAGGACUUGGUGGCUCGUUUAGAACCCGUCAUUAUGGAGUUAGAACGCCAGGGUAAUGUUCUUGUAGUUUCCCAUCAAGCCGUGUUACGAUGUCUGUUAGCUUAUUUCUUAGACAAAACCGCAGAUGAAUUACCGUACUUAGAAGUUCCGCUCCAUACGAUCAUCAAACUAACACCAGUAGCGUACGGUUGUAGAGUAGAAAAAAUACCUUUAAAUAUCGAAUGCGUAGAUACCCACAGAGCUAAGCCGAAGGUUCCAGGUGAACUGGAGGAGAAGUUCUUAAGGAAAAAUAAACAGAGUCCUUCUACUUAAUUGUAAGCAUCUACACAAGAAUGACUGAAUAUUAAACUGGGUGCCUAUAAAUUGAUUAUAUUAAUGAUCUACAUUCAUUGUUGUGAUGUAUCGACUUGAUGUACCGAUAUACGAGAUUUGGUCUUAGUUUUCCUAAGAUGAAGGAAUAUAUUAUAUAGGUAUGCAACUUAUUGCUUGAAAAAUUGAAAAAAAUACAUUAUAAACACUUUAAUAUGUUUACAACCGAUGACUGGGUUGAAUACCGAACAAUCGGUAGGUAGCAUAUGAAAGUGGUUAGACUUAAAGAGAUCUUGCUAAAAAGGUAUUUGUAAUAUGUCAAAUGUUUCUAUGAAGUCUUAAACGUUUCAGUAAGACCUCAUUAUAAGUACCAUUACACUGCUUAGUUUUCACUUGUAAGUUACUAAGAAUUUCAAUUGAAAACCAAUUUUGUUUGUAUUAUUUGUCACGGUGUAAUAUUUUAUUAUUUAUAUAUUUUUUAUUUAAUGGUAAGGAAUACAUCGACAGCGUCUGGUGCUCUUAUUUGUUGAAAGUUUAUUAGAAUUUUUUUCCAAAAAAAAAAUUUAAAUAUACACUAAUCACAAAAAAGCAUCGCAUAAUUUUUAAACAAAAAAAAAUAAAAAAUAUUUUUUAAUUUGUAGCAGAAUGUUAUAAUACUCGUCUAUCGUCUUCUUUAGGUGUCUACAAACCCAUAACGUUUUAACUUGAAGCAAGUUUUUUCAAAAAAAAAAAAACAGUAAACAAAACGUUUUUAAAACAGAAUAUUUAUUUUGGACAUUUGUGUUCGAAAAUUUGAUCUGUGUACUAUGUCUGCUUGAGUCUUCAAUAAGAAGGUGAAUUCUUACAAAAAAAAAAAUGAGUAAUAUAACGUCAGAAAAAGCAGCCCAAAUUGGAGCUUUAAUAAUUAUAUCUACAAUUAUUAUAGAUGGACAAUCGCAGCAAUAUAUUGCUGGUGUUAUGGGAAUCCACCAAUCUAGCGUUUCAAGUGCUUUAAGAAGGUAUAGAAAAAGUGGUGGAUACACAAGAGGACCAGUUCCAAGAUUUUCCAGGUGCACAAACCCCGCAGAUGAGCGUUAUUUACAUCUGCAGACUUUGCGUUGAAGCGUUUUACAUGUCUGCUCAGAUGGGAUCAGGGAUAGGAUUAAUUACUUAGAUACUGGGGGGGGGGGGGUCGAAAUGGGCAAAAGUAGAAGGAGCAGGCACAUAAAGCUUCUUUGCAAGACGGCAGCUCAGGUUUUGUUGGUGGCGGGUCGUGGAAUCGUUAGGGGGUGAGAGGGUUUAAAGAUGACUAACUACCAUAACUAAAUAAACAAAGGAUACUUACAUAGACUAGAGGACUUUUCUACUAUUUAAAAAUGGACGCCGUUUGAAAUAAAUCCUCUGGUACAUUACUGGUAACUUACUGGACAUAUUCUUUACUUACGGGUACCAGUUAAGAGACAUUCAUCUUAGAUUCCUCUGUUAGGCUUAAUCGGGCUACUUUAUCCUCAAUAUUGGCUUCUAUGCCAUUUCUUUUUCUGUUAUUCUAAAACUGAUUUCACUUGUAUUAAUAACUGGUUAAUAAUUUUCCAAAAAAGGUUACAGAAAUAAAAAUAGGUACAUUUUAUAAUGUUUAUUUAAACCUUUAGACUUUAUUUUUAUUUAAAAAAAUAUUCUUAGACAGGAAAUGAAUAAUAAAAACAACUAUAAAUUUUACAUAACUUUACCAUGGACAAUAAAGAAUUUACAAUCUUUUCUGACUUCCAAAAAUACACAAGAUUUUUAUUUUUAAUAUUUCACAUGAUUUUUACAUACAUACAAAACUUUUUAGAGCAGUGUAUCAAAACAAAGUUUGACUUAUACUGUCAAAUGUCACUGCCCUUUUAUCUAAUUUACAAAAAACUUUCCAUGUUGAAAACAAACUAGUAAAAUAUUUAAAAUCUUUACCAAUAUCCACUUGGAAUUUAAUCAAAAACCAAAAUAUUUCAUACCUUUUUAAAUGUCACACUUCGCACUUAACCAAAAAUUUUCCUUCCAAGACAGGCGGGGAGGGCAUUCAAAACAUAACGACAGGAAACAGGGCAAAGUUGAGACUAAACAUCUCAUCGGGAAAUCGGGACUUCAAUGCGGGAACAGGACCAUAACAUCAUGAAAACAGGAACAGCUACACAAUGCGACAGGAACCGUGAACUUCUCUACCGGCAUAACUGCGUCACAAAACUGUAUACUCGAUUUUCACCGUAAAUAUCCAACAUAAUGGAGUGAAAAUUUCUACCAGUAUUCCCUAAUAUUCACAGGACAAGUUGCAAAUCCUUCACUUAGUUAAACAUAACGACAACAGCGAAUUUUAAGCCGGUAGGUGCGGUGCUAGGAGUUCUACGGGAAUCGUUGUUUACAUUUCAAACAUGCUUUUAGAACUGAACUAUUCUUUUUGGCGGGGUACCUAACCUUCCGAAAAUUUUCCUCGCCCGUUGAGCCGAUCACUUUUCUCGGCUGAAGAUAUUGACCAAUCGGCCGAGACAAACUAAAGGAUCUUUAAAAUCUAAUCCAAUAGUAACAUGGGAUUUUUCGCGCUCAAAAGAAAGGAAAUAUACCAGAACUUUUCAACAAAUUUCACAAUAACUAUCUACGUAGUUAAUAAAUGCUUACAAGAUAAACAGGAAAUUUCCUAAGUUUUUCAAUGUUGUGAAAUAAUCCGUAAUACUCAGAAGCAGGGGCGGUUCAGAAUUUUAUGGUAAAUUACUUCAUAAAAUAAAUUGUGUGUGUGUGUGUGUGUGUGUGUUUGAGCAUUAUUGGCUUCGGAGUCAAAGUCCAUUCGCCAUCUUACCUUUUUGGGAUUAUUUGUAUUAUUUAUGCGGAAGCUCUAAAGGAGUGCUUCCUGCUUUCUACUGAUUUGUUCAGGUAUGUAUCCAAUCACAAUCCUGCUCCAAUUUUACAAAGAACUAUUUUAUAUACCUAUAUCUAAUUUUCAACGAUUUUUGUUUUUAUUUGGAAUUAUUUCUUUUCAUUGUGAUUUUUUUUAUCAUUUUUUUAUGUAUUUUUUUUAUUUAUUUACUUAUAUUUUUUUUAUUUUUUUUUUGUUUUUUUUUAUAUAUAUUUUUUUUGAUAUUUUUUUUAUUUUUCAUUGUCUUUUUUUUUCAAUAUAAUUUGGGAUAUUAGACUAGGACACAAUUUGACGCUUAGGGGUCGAUCAGAGUAUUUAGACGAGACAGGUGGACCUCGGAUUGGCAUAGGGCUUAACACGAAAGGAAAAAAAAACAUAGGUUAUAAACUUAAUCUAAUACAUAAAAUAUGUUUGUACAAAAUUUGAUAAACAUUGCAAUCUUCUGCUCUUAAUAGUUGAGUUAGGUUAUAUGGUCUGGUAAUUUUGGGUAUUUUGGCCAUUUCUUCAUUUAAUAAUUUAACCUCGUUUAUUAUUCUAGAACAGCCUAGGAUCAUGUGCUCCGCUGUACCUUCUUCUCCACAUGAACAAUUAGGAGAAUCACUCAGUUUUAUUUUAUAUUUGUACUGGGGAGUUAAAACAUGGUUGAACCUUAACCUGCACAAAACAGAGAAAAACCGCUUGCUUCCCGACAGUCUUGAGAACUAAGACUGGCCAGGAGGCUUGGUAACUAUGUUUUUAUAAAAUUUUCCCUUUGGACUGUUACUAUACAUUUCUCUCCAUUCGGCUAGUAUUAUGGGUUUUACGUGGCAGGCAAUUUCACUGUGGAGACAUUUAUAACUUAAAAGCUCUCCAGUUCUACUUCCUUUCUUAGCAUCUUCGUCCACUUCUUCAUUCUCUUUUAUUCCACAAUGUCCUUUAAUCCAAACUAAUGAUACAUUGAUUUUUUUGUUUGUAAUUCUUGAAGUUUAAUAAUUAUAUUAGUCAAAAUAUAAUUACUACUGACUUGGUGGAUAUUUUUUAUUUUCAUAAUAGCACUUUUACUAUCAGAACAAAUUGCAAAUGAUUCUGCUGUAAUUUUCGUAUUACUUAUAUACAGGAGAGCUUCUAAUAUGGCUAUUAAUUCUGCAGUAUAUAUUGUAAGCUUUUCAUUUAAUUUAAAAGAUUUUUUAUGAUUUUUAUGUGGAUCAAAUAUAGCGCAACCUACUUUCUUGUUGUUCUUUGAUGCAUCCGUGAAUAUAUAUUGACAUCUGGGAAAAUACUUUUCUAAAUCCUCCUCAAAUAUGUAUUGUCUAAUCCUUGGGUGAAAUUUUGAAUAGUCUUGGAGAAAAACACAGUUAAUUGGAUGGAUGUUAUAAAUAUUUAUGCUAUAUAAUGGAUCUAUAUCUGAAGAGUAUAUUUCUUCUAUUACGUUAUAUAAAAUAAAUUAGAAAAAUAGAUAUUUUUCUUGAGAUAGGAUAUAAAAUUAAUGAAUGCUAUUAACAAAACAUUGUAGCGGAAAUUUGUAAUGCUACAGCGUAUACAUCAUGUUACAGCUAGACAACUGCGAAAUGAUUUUUCCACAGGCCGUGGCCCAUAAUGUUCAGUUCGUAAAGUGCCAAUUCGGUUAGAAACAGAUUAAGGGAAUUUGGAAUCAGAGCCAGAAUGGCUGCUACUGCUCCUCUGUUAACGAGUGCACACCGUAUAACACGUUUAAGUUUUGCACCAGUACAUGUUCAUUGGGAUAUUAACGACUGGGCUAAUAUUCUUUUUACUGAUGGGUCAAGAUUUGCACUUUGUGGAUCCGACAGACACUUUGCACUGUCGCAUCCACAAAGUGCACAUCGUGACUCAUCAAUAAAAAGAAUAUUAGUCCAGUCGUUAAUAUCCCAAUCGACAUGUUCUUGUGCAAAACUUAUAACAUGCCAUACUGUGUGCCCUCGUUAACAGUGGAGCAGUAGCAGGCAUUCUGGCUCUGAUCCCAAUUUCCCUUAAUCUGUUUCUAACCCAAUUGGCACUUAUUUGAACAUUACGGGUUGUGAAAAGCUUUCACAGUUGUCUAGCUGUAACAUGAUGACGUGAUGUGUACGCAAAGUCUGCAGAUGUAAGUAACAUACAUCUGCUGUGUUUGUAUUGUACACCUGUGAAGUCCUGGAACUAGUCUUUUUGUGUAUCCACCACUUUCUCUAUACCUUCUUAAAGCACUUGAAAUGCUGGAUUGGUCGAUUCCCAUAAUAUCAGCACGAUAUUGCUGCGAUCGUCCAUCUCCAGUUAAAGCUACAAUUUGGACUGCUUGUUCUGACGGUAUACCACUAAUUUUUUGUAAGAACGCACCUCCUCAUUGAAAACUCAAACAGUCAUAGUGCACAAAUCAAAUUCUAGAACACAAAUGUCCAAAAUAAAUAUUCUUCUUUAACAACGUUUUGUUUACCGUUGUUUUUUUCUGCAGAAACACGCUUUAACUUGAAAUGUUAUGGGUGUGUAGAUACCUAAAGGACACAAUAGGCGAGUAUUAUAACAUUAUGCUAAAAAUUAAAAAUUAUUUUUUAUCUUUUUCUUUUGUUUAAAAAUUAUGCUAUACUUUUUGUGAUUAGUGUAUUAUACAAUGAGCAUUCAAUGGUAGCUAGUAAUGUACGAGUUUGAGAGUUGCGAGAUACCAACUGCCUGCUUAGUAUCAUAAUAUGAGUAGUAUAAUAAGUUUUUACCAACAAGUCUUUUACAAUACAUGUUUCAUCGAGAGUCUACAUUUUAAGCAGUGUAGUGGCACAAAAGAAAAAUACAAUUUGCACUUGGUUCUGUAAAUAUUGUUUGAAUUGCGAAAUGAAGUACUGAAAAAUAUAUUGUUUAAUCAAAUCCACAAGUAAAAGAAAUAAUUUUUCCUGUAGCCUGGCUGUAUACCAUCAAUUACAAAAAUUUUAUUGAAAUACCUAUCCUUUGUAAAAGUUAUAAAUUUUUUUUAUUAAAAUCCCCUUAAGUACUACAUCACAGAACGUUUCCGAUUUUUUACAAAAUCAUCAUCAGCGUUAAAAAUAAACAGGUUGAAUUCUAGCUGAGCCACCAAAGAAAUACCAGGGUGAGAACCCUUCAAAUGGUAUAUAGUGUUAUAUUGUUAUAAAUGCAUAUUUGCUUGAAACUCCAUAGGAUGAAUAAAUUUAUAAGGAAUUAUACCCUUAGGUAAAGUAUGACAUUCCCAUCACGUGGGAUGUAAAGUGAGUUGUGUCUCUACAUGACGACAGUCAGUUGUCAUCUAACUGUCGUCAUGUAGAGACACAUCGUUAUGUCGAAUACUUCUUCUUUUUCUAUCUACUUUAUAAUAAGGCUCAUGCCUGUUUUACUUCGGUUUUUAUAGUUCAGAGAAACAAGAAGAAAAAAAUAUCCUGUUGGUGACACAACCCCCUCCAGGCCGAAACCAAAUUUUUUGAGUAGUAGGGACAUCUACAUUAAUAACUUAUAUGUUUCCUGCAGCCGAUUUUGAUGAUGUACAUAGUUAUAAACAAAUGAAGAUCAAAAAACGGUAAAUUUUCGCUUUUUUCGUCUAUAACCAAAAAGUUAAGUAUUUUAAACAAAUUUGAGAGUGAGAAACUCAUAAAUCAUAUAAAAAACUUCAAUAUGGCGUUCGCUGAAUAUGUCUAUCCUUAUUGGUUGCUUAGAAAAUUGCAAAAUAAAUCAUAAAUUUCGAGUUUUUAUAAAUAUUAAUAACUUAUGUAAAAAUUAACUUAGAACGUUCUUAUUACACUUAAUGCUGAGACUUAUGGUGCUUAAAUCAUAACAUAAAUUUCAAAGCAAUUGGUCAAAUAGUUUAAAAGGUAUUUAAUGUGUUUAUCCCAAAUUAAUUUUUUUUUUGCAACGCUAUAUAAGUCAGAAAAUGAUGAAGUUACACUAAUACUUUGGAUAGUUUAUGAAAGAAGAAGAUUUAUACUAUUAAUUUAAUUAAAAACAAAUGACAAAAAUAAUUCUAAAUACUGCAAAAUUAUUUUGCAAAAACAAGUGAAUUAAAAAAAGGGGGGGCUAAUUUCGUCCCUAAUAAUUGUCCUAGGAUUAUUGUUUUUCUUUCUAAAUGUGUAUAAAAAUUCAGUCUUUCAAAAUAUGAAAAAAUAAUUUUUCUAUGGGUAACGGUUAAAAAGUUAUUCUAAUUGUUUAUAAGUAAGCAAAAAAUCGACGUGUUUUCGCAAACUAAUUUUACACUGUUUAAAAUUACUUUUGGUCAUUUUUUUUAAAUUAAGUUAAUAGUAUAAAUGUUCUUCCAUAAACUGUCAGAAGUCUUACUGUAACCUUAUAAUUUUCUGACCUAUAGUGUUGCAAAAAAAAUGAAUUUGGGAUAAACCAAUUAAAUAACUUUUAAACUAUUUGACCAAUUGUUUUGAAAUUUAAAAUAUAAUUUAAGCACCAGAAGUCUCAGCAAUUCGUGCAAUAAAAAGGUUUUAAGUUAAUUUUUACAUAAGUUAUGAAUAUUUAUAAAAACUCGAAAUUUAUGAUUUAUUUUGCAAUUUUCUAAGCAACCAAUAAGGAUAGACAUAUUCAGCGAACGCCAUAUUGAAAUUUUUUAGACGAUUUAUGAGUUUCUUACUCUCAAAUUUGUUUAAAAUGCUUGACUUUUUGGUUAUAAACGAAAAAAGCGAAAAUUUACCGUUUUCUGAUCUUCAUUUGUUUAUAACUAUGUAUAUCAUCAAAAUCGGCUGCAGGAAACAUAAAGGUUAUUAAUAUAGAUGUCCACACUACUCAAAAAAUUUGGUUUCGGCCUGAAGGGGGACGCGUCACGAGAAAAAUCUUAUUUCUCUGGACUAUUAAACUCAAUUGACGUUGUCUGAUCAUAUUUUCCUCAGUCGUCCCAAUGAUCUUUCAUUUGGCGAUUUGUCUCUUGCUAUUCGUACUACAUAUUCUAUUUUCUGUCAUUAUCUCUAUGUGUUGAUUCCAUUGUAUUUUUCUUCUUUUGGUCCACAUGUUUAUUUCCUCUAUACGACAUCUCGCUCGUAUUUCCUCACUUCUUACUCUGUGUUUUAGAGUUUAGUUGGUUAUUUUUCGUAAGACUUCAUUUCUGCUGUUUCUAGCAGUCUUUUUGUUUUCGCUGUAUCUGCUCUUUUUUCGCUGUGUACGUCAUUAUCGGUGUUAUUAUUGAUUUAUAUAUCCUGGUUUUCGUUUCCGUUGUGAGAUAUUUGUUUCUCCAGAUUGUGUUGUUGAGACAUCUCUGUUCGCCAUGUUGACAGUUUUAUUCCCAAGUAUUCCGUUUCCAUCACUUGUUCUAUUAUUUUGUUAUUUACGACCAGUUUACAAUGUCUCAGUUCCGUUGAUAUCACUAUCGAUUUAGUUUUUUCUGUUGAGAUCACCAUGUUGUAUAUGAACGCCGUGUCUUCGAAUUCUUUAAUUAAUCUUUGUAGGUCAUCUUCAUUUUCGGUUGUUAUUAUGGCGUCGUCGGCGUAGCAUAUGAUCUUUAUUUCCUUUUCUCCCAUUUUAUAUCCUCUUCUUUUUCUAACGUUCUUUAUGAUUUCGUCCAUCAUUAUCAGAUUAAAUAUCAAUGGACUCAGCGAAUCUCUUUGUCUAAUGCCAGUUUCAUACUUGAUAGGUUGCGAUAGUUUUCCUUUACACCUUACCAUAGCUACGUUAUCUUUAUAUUAUAUUCUCAAUGGUUUUUACCAAAUCCAGUGAUAUUCCCUUUUCAUAUAAUAAAUUAAUAUUGAAUACGAUAAUGGGUAAAGAUUCAUUUCGAACAGUAUAUACAGUACGUAGAAAAUAAAGUAUAUUUCGAGAAUUUGGAACCAAAUAUUUUUGAAUAAUUAUAUAAUUUUUACUCUUUGACUAUCUAUAUGUACUAUUUACAUCAUUGAUUUAUUUAUAAUAAAUAAAAAGCGUUGUCUUGCUGUGGUAAUAUAAUUAUUGUAUAUCUAUUGUUGAAUAAAGAUAUUUUCUAAUAAAA